AUGGAUGGCUGUCAGAGGAGUUCCGAUAUUGAGGAAGGUGCUCGCCGUGAAAUCGACACACAUCUCCAACACCGAUUUACACAUUUCCGACACUUAUCAGCCUUCAAUCCAUUCGAUACAGCCGUAAACGGCGUUUUCUCCUCCGAGCGACACCCAUCCUAUGACCUCACGGCACAGAAUCCUCCCGGGUCAGCUUCGUUUCCUCCUCGAGGAAUGCAUCACGACCUUGGUCCUUCAAAAGGUACUGGUAAACCAACCAAUAGCAGUGGUCCUUCAACGACAGAGCACAGCACUACCCAGUCCGUCCAGGCUAACAUAGACUGUCUUGACGUCCGACCCCUCCAGAAGACUGCCCAGCGCGGUGACUACUGGGUGCUCUACAACUAUAUUCUAGCCGAAAGGCAAUUCAGGUGA